AUGUCCUUUUUAGAAGAGAUAAAAAGUAAAAAAAGAUUAAAUCAGGUCAAUACUAUUGUAACUAGAGUUGAUGGUUCAAAAGUUAUCAUUUCUUCAGAGGGCGAAGAGAUUGUAUAUACUGAUGACUCUUUGACCAACUAUGGGUACAUAGUUGAUACAAAACCAGACGAAUUGGCACAUCAAAUAGAUUUAUCAUCUUUGACGGAUCUGAAUUCAAUAACAGAUUUAUCGCCUUUGUUUAAACUAUAUAUUGGAAGUCAAGAUGCUGCACACAACAAAAAUGAAUUGACAAAAAAAUCGAUCACCCAUAUUUUAAAUGUUGGCUAUGGAAUUGAUAAUAUCUUUCAAAAAGAUAUAACCUAUCUCAGUAUCAAUAUAUUGGACAAUGUCGAUGUUGACAUUACAAAGGAAUUCCCUCGGGCAUUUCAAUUUAUUGAACAAUCUUUUGACAAUGGAGCAACAGCCUUGCUUGUGCACUGCAACGCAGGUAUUUCGAGAUCAUCAACUAUACUUGUAGGAUUUCUAAUGAACAAAUUUAAAAUACCAAUGCAAAGGGCCUUGGAUGUGGUAAAGGAAGCAAGACCUUCAAUUAAACCAAAUUUUGGUUUUAUCAAAUCUCUAUUGGAAUAUGAGAAAGAAAUCUUGUUUACAGUAUUCAAACUUUGGGUUUGUUGUUGA